AUGGCGACGUUGGCGUGGCUUCUAGCGGCAGCUCUGCUAUUGACAGCGGUGGCUGGCCGAAAUUUAAAACCACCACCGGAAGAGGAUCGCACGAAGCUGUCGGAUCCCAUCAGGGCUCCGCGACAAGUGGAAUCCCAACGCGUCCCUGCGUUGUCGCGCGACGAUUCCCAGAUCCCGCAGAUUUCCAACGUCAACGUUCGCAAAUAUCCGCGAAAACGGCAAUUGCCCGUUUCGAUCGGGGCCAAUUUCCAGUCGUUCGCGUUAAACGGCCAACCUCGCGCCCCGUUGCGCACAGCCACCUUCGAUCCCACCACCAACACCACCACCAUCGUAACUCGGAUCAACGAGGUCGCGAAGCGGAUCGAGCCUCGAAUCUCGGCCGGAUCGUCUCACGUCGUCUUCGCAACGCCUCGGAGGAGCCUCGGUUUCGAGCAUUCGUUCCACCACGACCACCGUCAUUCCCAUCGUCACGGCCACCACUCGCAUCACGAGCAUCGGGCCAAGCACGAGCACGAGCACGGUCACAAGCAUCACGGCGAGCACGAGCACAAGCAUCACCACGGCCACCAUCAUCAUCACGGCCACGAGCAUCACCACGGGCACAAGCAUCAUUCCGAGCACAAGCAUCACCACGGGCACGAGCACAAGCACGAGCACGGUCACAAGCACGAGCACAAGCAUCACGGGGAACACCAGCACCACCACGGGCAUCAGCAUCACUCGAAGCACGAGCACCACGAGGAGCACAAGCACCACGCCGAGCAUCACCACCAUCACAAGCAUCAUCAUCACAACGAGCACCACCACCACCACGAGCACCACCACGUCAACGAGCAUCACCAUCAUCAUAGCCACAAGGAGACCGAGAAUCACCAUCAUCAUCACGGCCACGAUCAUCAGGAGCAUCACAAACACGGACACAAGGAGGAGCACAAGCACCACCACGGGCACGAGCACAAGCACGGCCACCACGAGGACCACCAUCACGCUCACCACCAGGAUCACCACCAUAAACACGGCCACGAGCACAAGCACCACCACCACCAGGAUCACAGUCACAAGCACGGGCACGAGCACAAGCACGGCCAUCACGAGGAGCAUCGUCACGGGCAUCACGAGGAUCACAAGCACAGCCAUCACGAGGACCAUCACCACAAGCACGGCCACGAGCACAAGCACGGGCACAAGGAGGAGCAUCGUCACGGCCAUCGCGAGGAGCAUCGUCACGGCCAUCGCGAGGAGCAUCGUCACGGCCAUCGCGAGGAGCAUCGUCACGGCCAUCGCGAGGAGCAUCGUCACGGCCAUCGCGAGGAGCAUCGUCACGGCCAUCGCGAGGAGCAUCGUCACGGCCAUCGCGAGGAGCAUCGUCACGGCCAUCGCGAGGAGCAUCGUCACGGCCAUCGCGAGGAGCAUCGUCACGGGCAUCACGAGGAUCGCAAGCACAGCCAUCACGAGGACCAUCACCACAAGCACGGCCACGAGCACAAGCACGGGCACAAGGAGGAGCAUCGUCACGGCCAUCACGAGGACCACCACCACUCCCAUCACCAGGAUCACAAGCAUCACCACCACGAGGAGCACAAGCACGGCCACGAGCACAAGGAGGAGCACAAGCACGGCCACGAGCACGAACACCACCACGAUCAUCACGAGGGGCACCAUCAUCACGAGCACCACAAACAUCACGCGUCUCACGAGCACAAGCACGGCCAUUCCCACGAGGAGCGCCACAAGCAUUUCGACGACCACAGCCACGAGCAUCGUCACGAGAACGGCCACAAGCACGCGGAACACCACCUCCACUCUGGUUACGUGGAGCAACACGGCCAUCACAAGCAAGGGUUGGGCCAUUACUUCGACGCCUCGCAGAAUCACGAGGAGUACGCGUUUCCGGAGGAGAGCGAGACGGUGGUGGUAACGCCCCGGGUCGAGGAUAUCCUUAAAAUUAAGAAGGAGGCGGAGGAGAGUACGACCGAGCAAGCUACGACGACGGAUGAUCGAGCGUGA